CAAGCCGAUACGGUCGGAUUUUUGUUCGAGAUAAAUCUAUUUCUUUGAGAAAGUCGCUCUUCCGAGCUUACGCAUUAUAUCAUGGCUUCCAGAGCGCCAGCAGGAGCCCGUCCUGGUGCCAGAUUCGCCCAGUUCAAGCUUGUCUUGCUAGGAGAGUCCGCUGUCGGAAAGAGUUCGCUGGUGUUGAGAUUCGUCAAAGAUCAAUUUGAUGACUACCGAGAGUCGACGAUUGGCGCUGCCUUCCUCACACAGACCAUUUCCCUGGACGAAAGCACGACAGUCAAGUUCGAAAUAUGGGAUACUGCUGGCCAGGAAAGGUACAAGUCGUUGGCUCCGAUGUACUACAGAAAUGCCAACUGCGCAGUGGUUGUCUACGACAUUACCCAGGCUUCAUCGCUGGAUAAGGCCAAAUCGUGGGUGAAGGAACUGCAACGCCAAGCCAAUGAGAACAUCGUCAUCGCCCUUGCAGGCAACAAGCUCGAUCUCGUCACCGAGCACCCCGAUAAGAGAGCGAUCCCAACUGCUGACGCCGAGGCCUACGCACGUGAAGCUGGCCUGCUCUUCUUUGAGACUUCUGCGAAGACCUCGUCCAAUGUCCGGGAAUUAUUUACGGCCAUUGCGAAGAAACUUCCUCUUGACCAGGCUGGACCCCGAAACUUGCGGACAACCCCCCGUCCCGGUGUUGAUCUGCGGCCAGAAGCACCUGGCACCCAGGGCGCUGGCGCAUGCAACUGCUGAACGCCCAGCAAUCCGUGGGUUUUUCUUUUCUUUGUUCCCUUCCAUUGUUUCUAGAUACGAUAGGUGCACUUCUGGCUUGAUUGCGAUUUGGUGAUACUGGGUGUACAUUGUGACGUACCGGUCGCUCUUUGGACCGGAAUGCGUUGUGUUAUGUUUUAAUGGUAUUGCCAUGACCGAAUCGGAACUGGAUGGAUAUCAUCCUGCCUCCUGCUGCAGCUUGGUGGUUGAAUGACUUUUAUCCCCCGGUCACCCUUUUUCUUCUCCCCCUGUUCUCUAUGCUUGAUCGACAUCUUUCACUACCAUUAUCGGGAGUGAAGAGUUGAGUCUUGUUCAAGAGUUCGUUUGGAAUUUAGCUCUCUAGACAUUAUGCGACAGGGUCCACUCUCUGUUCUUUGUUUAUUCCGCUUUGUCUUUCUACUUUCUUUUUUCCGGCGUCUGCAUCCUUUCUUGGGCUGAAUUCAUGUUAUGUUUGUUACCCUUCGUUGUGUUGACCUCC